CCCCGCGGACACAAGAUGGCGGCGCCCAGCGGCGGGCUGGCGGCGGCGGCGGCGGCGGGGACUGUGCCCAGGCCCAGCGGCGGGCUGGCGGGGGGCGGCUUCGCGGCGUGGCUCAGCCGGCGGCUGGAGCAGCUGGAAAUAGACGAGGACGUGUACGGCUCCUACAUUAACGGCAUCUUGCAAGAGGGGGACAGCGAAGAGGAAAAGUCCGAAGUUCUUGAAGGCAUUUUAUCUGCGUUUCUGGAUGAAGAUUCAUUAACAAUCAUUUGCAAAGAAAUUAUUCAAAAGUGGUCUGAGAUCACAAACAAUAUGACUCGAGAGAAAAACGAUGAAGACGAAGUACACGCCAUUGCAAGCAUGAUUGAGAAACAAGCUCAGAUUGUUGUGAAACAAAAAGGUGCUUCGGAGGAGGAAAAAUCUACAAAAGCUGCAGUUCUUGCACAGUAUGCAAACAUAACGGAUGAAGAGGAUGAAGAUGAGCAGGCCCAUGGAGCGAGUGGAUCAUUUAACUUUGGUGAUAAGUCUCUCUUCAAAAAUACAAAUGUUGAGGCGGUUCUUGUUGCAAAAAAAGCAGAGAGGGAAAAGGCCCGUGACGAUGCACAGAAAAAGAAAGAGCAAGAUAAACUACAGCGAGAAAAAGACAAGCUUGCAAAGCAAGAAAGGAAAGAAAAGGAGAAAAAGAGAACGCAAAAAGGAGAACGGAAGCGGUAAAAAUGAUUUGUAUAAUGUUCCAAAGUGCAAAACUUGCAUCCACAGAUGUUACAAACUACUGAACCAGCAACAAUUUUGUUUUGAGAACUUUGAAAAUGCCAAAUUUUUGCAGUAUAUUAUGUCAACAUUGAAUUCCAGUUCAUGUAAUUUAAAAAAAAAAAAUCUUCAUUUAGUCUUUUGUUUGUUAUAGGCUAUCAAUUAAGUAUUUCAGAUUCUUAACGUAUUUGCCGUGCCUAAACAUUUACAUGAAAAUAGCCUACAAACAAAAGUAGUUGGUAAAGCAGAACCCCUUCAGUGAAGGGAGAUUCUUGUCCAUUUGAUGAAGUGUAACUGAAUAAUAAAGGAUGUUUUGGAGACUGAA